AUGGAGAAAUCAAACGAAAAGCAUAUGAGACGAAGCACACAAGUCUUCUUGAAGGCCUUUCUAUACGGUGCCCCGUUAUUCAUCAUCAUUAUUAUUGGAUAUUUCUUCAUUCCCGAUAUUGUUUCCAAUGCAAUCACUGCCGAAAUAGAUGAAUUGCUGAAGGAACUCAAAGAUAUUGGUCAAGAUGCAAUUUCGGGCGCUUCGAACGAUAAAGACGAGUUUCUCAAAGCGCUGGCCAAUGGGAAAGUGACCAUCGCCGAUUAUGUCUCCCGCGAAGAAGCCAUGAUCAUCAUUCCAACACUUGUGAUGACAGCCCUGUUUUUGCUCGGUAUCGUUUAUUAUUUGACCCGUCCUUUCACCUAA